GCGCUCGGGAGCUCGCCAUCGUAAUUAUAAAAAAAUAGAAGGUUUCAGCUAGCAAUUACACCAUCCACCAAGUAUGAAUAUCCUGCCAAAGAAGCGCUGGCAUGUGCGCACCAAGGAGAACAUCGCGCGCGUGCGGCGCGAUGAGGCGAACGCUGCCGCUGAGGAGAAGGAGAGGCUUCGCCGAGUGGCAUUAGCGGAGCAAGAGUUUCGGACCACGCUGCUGCGAAACAAGGCCGCCGAUCGACGCGCGGCGAUCGGCGAGGCACCUGGCGGCGGGCGGGAGAAGCUCGAGGUCGACUUCGCCGCCACCGCCGCCGCCAAAGGGGAGGCGUCCAUCGUCACCGGCUCAGGCCACAUCAACUUCUUCCAGCACCUGGAGAGCGGCGAAAAGACGCGCGGCCCGAACGAAGAAUAUGUGCAGGAGCAGAAGGAGGAGCGUGAAAAGUAUGAGAAGAGCAUUGGCUACCUCACCUACCUGGGACAGGGUUCGCGAGAGGAAACAAAACAGAAGGCCUGGUUCGAGUCGCUGCCCACGGACCGAGCCCGCCACCGCCAGGAGGCCGACAGUGGCGAGGUCAAGAAGAAGGUCAAGGACUUCGAGGAUCCGCUGAACGUGCUGAAAAAGAAGCUGGUCGACGACGCUAAGCGGGAGACGGCCGUGAAGCCGGCGCCGCUGCCGCCGCCCCGUCCCACUGACGUGAAGACGUCGACUGUCAGGCAGCUACGAGACCCAGGCAGCGAUGGCGAGCUUCACUCCGAACGCAAGAAGCACAGGAAAGAGAAAAAGAAGAAGCACAAAAAGGAAAGAAAGAAGGAGAAGAAGGGCAGGGGGUCCGAGGAGCCGCGGUGGAAGGGCGUUAAACGAAGCCGCCGCCGCCGCCGCUCGUCGUCCAGCGACGCGUCGCCUUCGGAGGACGACGCCGAGGCCGAGGCGACGGCUGCGCGGGGCGUACAGCUGGAGCGGCUGCGUGCGGAGCGGCUGCUGCGCGAGCGAGCCGAGCGGGAGCGGGCGGACGCGCUGCUACGCCGGCUGCGCGGCGAGGCGGAGACGGCCGAGGCGAGCCGACCGCCGGCCGAGCCGCGGCUCACGCAGCGCUACAACGCCCAGUUCAACCCGUACCUGGCGCGGCAGAACUACCGCGAGCGCAGCGACGGC